GCCUUCCCCCUUCUCUUCUUCUGCAUCUAUAAAAUUUGCUGCAAUUUCUUGUGUCGACGUUCUGCUGCACUAUUCAUUUCGCUGCUUGGUCGAUCAACGCUAGCUGCCGAUUGUGUGCCAUCCUUCUCCGGCUCCAGUUGUUGCUGCUACUUCGGCUUCGGCUGCGACUCCGGUUGCUGCAGUUAACCAUUGGUUGAUUGGUUCGAGCGAGCGAGGGGGCACAUCGCAGCACAUUGCGCUACGUACGUUGCCGUCCACCUCCACUGUGCGCUCCGGCCGGACGGCUCCUUAAUUUGUGCAGCUGCAUCUACUACUUCUAUACAUCUAUCUUGCCUUGAAACCACCAGCAUCCACAACCACGCGAUCGAUCAAUGGAUACCGGGAUCAUCGUGGCACGGUGGGUGGUGGGCAAGGCGUUGAACCCUGUGUUAGACGGCUUGGUGGAGGCGUGGGCGGCCAGUCAGAAGCUCGGGCCCAAUGUGGAUGCCCUCAAGAUGGAGCUGCUCUACGCGCGGGCCAUGCUCAACAACGUUCGCGGUAGGGAGAUCCACAACACCGACCUCAACGAGCUCCUGCAGAAGCUGCGGGACUUAGCGUACAAUGCCGACGACGUGCUCGACGAGCUCGACUACUUCCGCAUCCAGGACGAGCUCGAUGACACCUCCGAGGCCGCUGCUGAGCACGCCAAGGGCUGCGUCAGCGACCUCUUCCUCAACGCUCACCACACGGCCAAAGCGGCUGGCAAGCUGUUGGGAUUCUCUUCAUCAUGCUCUUCUUGUGCUACUAACAACGGGCCUGGUGAUUCCAUUACCGCUGCAUGCUGCGGUUCGCCACACAACACCAUCCAUGCUAUCGGUAAACGCCUUUGUUUCUCGACUUCUCUAGUUGAUGAUUGCGAUCAUGAUUAUGGCUGUGUGCACGAUGAGAGAGACCAUGUGAAAGGGAAAUCAACGCCAAAGUUGAAGUUUGACAGGGUAGGUCUAUCCAAAAAAAUGAAGAUUAUUGUAGAGCAGCUGCAGCCUGUGUGUGCAAAAGUUACAGCCAUUCUUAAUCUAGAGCUCAUGGGUUCUCAUCUUAGCAUAGAAUCAAGCACUGCUAAGAGUCGUCCCAUCACCGCACCAACAAGUAUAGAGCCCACCCUGUAUGGCAGAGACGCUGUAAUGAAGAGAAUUAUAGAUAGUAUCACUCAGGGUACUUGUUGUGAAGAAUACCUGACUGUCUUGCCAAUUAUUGGUCCUGGAGGCAUAGGGAAAACCACUCUCAUACAACACAUAUAUAAUAGCCAACAAGUGCAAAACCAUUUCCAGAUCAUGGUUUGGACAUGUGUAUCUCAAAGUUUUAGUGUCGAUAAGCUCAUAGAAGAGAUCAAAGAAAAACUCCCUAGUGUUGAAGGUGAAAAAAAGGGUAGUGCAGAAGAGCUGAUUGUACAAAGAUUGAAAUCGAAAAGGUUUUUAUUUAUAUUGGAUGACAUUUGGAAGUGUGAAAGUGAUGAUUGGAAAAGGCUUUUAGUACCACUCAGAAAGGGACAAACAAAGGGUAACAUAAUUAUAGUGACCACUCGGUUUCUGGUAGUAACAGAAACGGUUAAAACAUCUGAUAAUAAAAUUCAACUGGAAGGUAUAGAUGAUGAAGCAUUUUGGGAAUUAUUCCUUGCAUACGUGUUUGGCCCUGAAAAAUCAAAAAAUGAUAAGGAUUUACUUUGCAUUGGAAAAGAUAUAGUGAAAAAACUAAAAGGCUCCCCUCUUGCGGCAAAAACUGUUGGCAAAUUAUUGAGUAACCACCUUGAUCGAGUUCAUUGGAUGAGAGUCUUAGAUAGUAAAGAAUGGGAAUUGCAAGCUGGUGAUCAUGAUAUUAUGCCCGCAUUGAAGCUUUCCUAUGAUUAUCUACCGUUUCAUCUGCAACAAUGUUUUUCUUAUUGUGCUUUGUUUCCCGAAGAUUACAAGUUCAACAACAAAGAGCUCAUUCGCUUUUGGAUAGGACUAGAUAUUUUACAUUCCGAAUCUCAAAAUAAAGCAUUUGAAGAUAUAGCUCUAAGCAAUAUAGAUAGUUUGGUCAGUCAUGGAUUUUUUAAAAGAGAAGAAACUGAUGGGCAUCCAUGCUAUAUUAUUCAUGAUCUGCUACAUAAUCUAGCAUUGAAAGUUGCAUCUCUUGAGUGUGUUAGUUUACAUUCCUCUAAUGUGAAAUCAGUGGAAAUCCGGCCAUCCAUUCGUCACUUAUCUAUCAUCACAGAUGGCGCAAAUGAUACUGAUGGAAUAACUGAUGAAAACUUCAAGAGUGAACUGAUAAAACUAAAGAAAAGACUAAAGGUUGAAAACGUGCAAACUUUGAUGAUAUUUGGAGAAGUGGAUAAAAGCUUUAUUGGAUGCUUUCAUGAUUUGUUUAAGGAAGCAAGUGCUCUUCGUGUGCUUUAUUUUCCCAAAAUGCCAUUUGCGGUGGGGUCCAUUUUGGAUGAAUUUACAACACUUGUCCACCUACGGUACCUUAGGCUAGGGACCACCAUUGGCAAUAACUUUCAUUUACCAAUUAACCUUUCCAGAUUUUAUCAUUUAAGGAUUUUGGAUCUGGAAAAAUGGGAUAAUUGUUUUCAUUUGCCUGGAGACAUUAGUAACCUUGCAAAAUUGCACAACUUUCUUGUCCCGGGAUACCCAAUACACUCAAAUAUUUCUAAUGUUGGAAAACUGCAAUUUUUGCAAGAGUUAAAAGGAUUUCAAGUCAAUAGAAAAGAUGUUGGUUUUGAGCUAAAGCAACUAGGUUAUCUGAUGGAGCUAAGAGAGCUUAGAAUUGAUAACCUUGAGAAAGUACACACAAAAGAAGAAGCGGCUGAAGCAAAACUAUUAAGUAAAACCCGAUUAAGGAAGCUAGAAUUAAACUGGAAACAAGGGAGAACAAGCACAAAUGCUUUCAACGAAGAUCAAAUACUUGAGAAACUUCAACCACAUAGCAGCCUCCAAGAGCUAUCAAUCCAUGGGCAUGGAGGCUCUUCUUGCCCAAAAUGGUUGGGUACAGAACUAUCUGUCAAAUUCUUGGAGACUUUUCGUCUCAAGAAUGUAGUUUGGAAUAUCCUUCCACCACUAGGGGAGGUGUUUCUGGUAGGCGGACCUGGCGAAGAAUCAAUUGGUCAGAAAACUAGUCAAAAUUUUCGUAGCUUGAAGAGAUUGGAACUUGUUAAGUUACCUAAUUUGAGAAAAUGGGUAGCAAAAGAAAUUUUCCCUACGUUCUUCUCAGUUUUGGAAGUACUUAUUGUGAGAAAGUGCAAUGAACUAGCAGAACUACCAUUUUCAUAUCAUACCUAUUGCACAUCUGAAGAAGAUGUAAAAGCAACUUGCUUUCCUAGGCUAAGAGAGUUGGAAAUACAUAAUUGCCCAAAGAUAGUGUCACUGCCUCCUAUCCCUUACACUCAGACCUUGUGCUCUGUCAAUAUAACAGAUGUAGGAACAGGUUUGGAAAGCUUGGUUUACUCGAGUAAAUCAUCUAAGUUAGAAAUUAAAGGAAACAAGGAUCUAAAAGUUUUAGAUGACAAUGUGUUUGCUUCCCGUAAUUUACACAAACUACAAAACUUGACGAUUGAGGGUUUCCCACCUUUGGAAGAGCGACACCUUCAAAUGCUAACUUCAUUGAAGAGAUUCAGUCUUUUCAGUUCGAGUAUUGCCUUCAAUCCAACAGUAGAAAGGAGUGAUGUUGAGUGGCGGCUUUCAAUUGAGAACCUUAUGAUUCAGGAUUGGAAUGGCAGUGGGAAGGAAUUGACACAGCUCCUCUUUCACCUCCCAAAGCUGUCUUUGUUGAGUCUUGGUGGCUGCCGCAAGAAAACACUGUUGAGUAUAGCUCUAACACAGCAGCAAACCAGUGCUCAAGUGGAGAGUACACAAGUAACUGCUUCUAAUCAUCGACAGCAGCAAAAAGCAGAGGAUCUGGAUCUGCUGGAGGAGGAAGAAGUAACACAGCUAGAUGUGGAUGGAGAAGAUGAAGAUGACGACAGGUUGCUGCUCACCAACUCUCUAGAGCAAUUAUGGAUUGUAAACUACAAGGAGCUUAUCCUGGUUUCCCAUCCACUUCCCAUUGGUCACCACAAUAAGGAAGAAGAAGGAACAGGAGGAGGUUGGGGGCUCCAAGCCCUGUGCUCCCUGCGGCAACUAGGGAUAAGAGGAUGCCCCUUGUUACUCUCUGCCUACGAGGCUCCAGCUUGCCUUUUCCCAUCCUCCCUGCAAUACCUCCAGAUUACAGGCCCUAUGGAGGGCGUGCAGAUGCUGGACCUCUCAAACUUGACCUCUCUCACUAAAUUAUUCAUAGAAGAUUGCGGGGAGUAUUUAAGGAAGGGCCUAUUGCCUCUCCUUGCUCAGGGUCAGCUCAGCAACUUAAUUGUCUACAAAACAUAUGGGUUGUUUGCUGGUGUAUUGGAUUCCAUACUCAGGGGAGCGCAGGAAGAACAAGAGCAGCUUCAUCUUCUUGAGCAUUCCUCCAAACUGCGGGUGCUUGAAACGGAUGACUUGGCGGGAAUCCUUGUGAAGCCGAUCUGCAGGCUCCUCUCUUCCUCACUCACCAACCUAACACUCCAAGGAAACUCAGAGGUGAAACGCUUCACAAAUGAACAAGAGGAGGCCCUUCAGCUCCUCACCUUCCUUCAAGACCUCAAAUUUAUUCACUACGAUAAGCUGCGGUGCCUUCCUGCGGGCCUUCAUAGACUUACCAACCUCAAGAGAUUAAUGAUUAUGAACUGUCCAUCCAUCCAGUCACUGCCCAAGGAUGGCCUCCCAGGUUCACUGAAAUACUUCAUAGUCCGCGACAACGAGAAGCUCGUAAAGCAGUGCAAGAAGCUCAAGAAAACCAACCCAGAAAUCGAACUAAUUCUCUAGUGCACGACUAAUAAGGGGGGUGAUGAACUAGUAGUGCAGUGCUGGGCCUCGUAUUGGAGUGCCCUUUCUUUUAGCCAGUCGUGUACAGUACAACUCGGCAAUAAUCCAUCCAUGCACCGUUCCUCAGAUGCGGAUCUUGUAUGGGUGGUAUCCUCUUCCUGGAUAUAAAUCAUGUAUUCUCAUGUCAGUUCUACUAGGAUUCUUGGUACUUCAGUCGUAUAUUUUGGUUACCACUCAUGAACAUGGAGUUGGGGUGCAAUAGAUUAUGGAUCAAAUAUCGUCACUGAGGAAUAUCUUUGGACAACAAUGAAUUUGCAGUGUUUUGAUACUGACAUUAAGAUCAUCUCCUUGGAACUCUCAUGUGGGCUGUCAAAAGUUGUGAUUGGUUCAGGUAGCGCCUUCUACCACUGACAACAACAUGAAAAUGGUACUUUCCAGUAGAUUGAACAUGAUUUGUUCCAAGUUCUAAUGUGCUAAAUGCCAGACGCAAUUUUUAGAACACAUGUUGCACAAUCUGUUGUGAGUCUCCUAGGAACUUAAUGCAUUGGCUGAAGCCUCUGCAGCCUUAAUGCAUUGGCUGAAGCCUCUGCAGCCUCAAAAUCCAUUCCCUGUGGAGUCCCUUCAGUCUCCAUCUAAUAUUAUUCUCAACAUAUUCUUUAUUGAAGGUAUACUUCUAUAAUUGUUUUUUUGUUCUACUUGCAAAAUGAAGUAAUAUGAACUCAUGGUUCCAAACUUCAAUUUAUAACUAUGAUUAAUUGUUGGAUUGCUUGAUAGAUGUGUGAUUAAUUGUUGGAUUGCUUCAUUGCUUGAUAGAUGUGGUACAGCUUUGGAAACCCAACAUUGUAUAGCUCCCAUAGUCUCGAAAGUGUUUCCAAAUGGCAUGAAGUCUUGAGCGUGAUUUGCAUUUCAAAUGAUGUGAAUGCUUUCGUGUUAUUGCUUAGUUAUUCAACUGAAUACAACUCUCAAGGGCACAAUCAUACAGAUCUGUAGAAUUACUUGCUCUUCAUGUUGGAGCUAUAAAUAAGACUACCGUUCCACUAUCCCAUGCCUGUUUGUAGUGUUCAUGCCUCCAUGGAGAUCAUCUUGUCAAUGUGUUUUUCUUUCCUCAAUUUAGCAAACACCUUGGGUAAAUGUUUUAAGUUAGUUUAUCUUAAGACUUCAUAAUAUCUCUCCUUUUCUGAACCAGCAAUAUUAUAACAUUUCAAUUUUCAAGUACCAUUGUAUUGUUCUUAUCUCCAUAUUGAAUCAUGUGGUUAGUUAAUUGUCCUCUCAUUUCUUUCCAUGAACAGAUGGUUCAAUCUUUGUUCUGUGCACUAAUUCAGGAUGCUACUAGUAAAAUCUUGCCUAACUAGUGACGGAAAUCCGAGGCGGUCCAGGAACAUAUCAUGCUGUUCCUCCCGCGGUGGUCGGCGUCGAGGGACAGCAUGACGCAGCGUAGCCGGUCAUCACCGUCGUCCCUCGGCGGCUGCUGCUCUCUUGUAAAACUCCUGCACGGCGCAUGAAGGGAGCUGAGGCAACUGCGGCCUGUGGAGGGUGGCGGCUGCACAAGCACAGAAAUCAUACUAAUGCUCAAGAAAACCAACCCAAAAAUCAUAUUAAUGCUCCCGGCUAAUCAAGGGGGUUGAUGAAUUAGUUAGUGCAAUGCAGGGACUAUUAUGGAGUGCACCUUCUUCUAGACAGCUUGUGGGGGACAUGCUACCCGGGUGUCCUAUAGGAGGCCUUCGGCUACAGCGCAGGGGGUAGGCCGAGUUGCCUAGGCCCAUGCGGUUAUUUGUAAUACAUGGAAAGGGAUAGCAGCCAGGGAAACCUAUCCUGUAUCUGUACAUGAAUGGUAUGCACCAAGAUUAUAAGGGAUACCAUAUCACACAUGCCGGCAAAUCCCCCAGCAUUAUAUAAGGGGCGCUGGCAUGAACCCUAAGGGGUUACGCAAUCUUUCAUACUCAUCGGGCACAAAUCCAAUCCACAUACAACUGGACUAGGGUAUUACCUCGCAUUGAGGGCCUGAACCAGUAUAAAUGUCUGUGUCACCAUCUCUCCUUGAUAUAGAACACCCUAUAAAUUAUAUUGCC